AUGACAGACACAUUAUUCCCCAAAGGUGAUUUCACAAAAGAAAUUGCCUUAACUCAAUUACCAUUCAAAACUAACAUUCUUGAUAAUGUUCCUAUCAAAGGCACAAAAAUCAAUGCCAAUUAUUCUCCAAUCUACAGAAACAAAGCAUUCCCUAGUAGAUUGAUCAAAUCAAUUCAUCCUGAUUUAGACUCAUACUACCAAUUCUUUAUGAAUGCCGCUGAAUUAUACAAAGACAAACCAUGUCUUGGUUGGAGACCAUAUGAUUAUGUUUCCAAAACUUCUGCUGAUCGCUUUGAAAGCUGGACUUAUGGAGAAGUCAGUGAGAAGAAGAAACAUAUUGGUGCUGGUUUUAUUAGAUCAUUAUUAGAAAAUCCAUUUAAGAAUCUUGAAUUAGAAUCUCAUAAGAAGAUUGAAUAUCAUUUAAGAGAUUGGUCAAAUUAUGGGAAUAAAUUAGGUGCGUUAGAUAAUGAAGAUUGUGCAGUUGAAAAAGACACUUCAUUUAUUUUGUCGAUUUUUUCAACUAAUCGUGUUGAAUGGAUGUUAACUGAUUUGGCAUGUAGUGCUUAUUCCAUUACUAAUACUGCUUUGUAUGAUACUUUAGGUGCGAAUAUUACUGAAUAUCUUUUAGAAUUGACUAAAUCCCCAAUUGUGGUUUGUUCAAUGGAUAAAAUUGAAUUAUUAUUGAAACUUAAAGAGAAAUAUCCUAAAGAAUUAGCUGAUCUUAUUUCAAUUGUUUCAAUGGAUCCAGUUAAGUUCAUCCCCACCGAGAUUUUUGAAUAUGCAUAUUCUUUAAAAGUUGUGAUUCAAGAUUUACAACAAAUUGAAGACAUUGGUGCAAAGCGUCCAAUCAAUGAAUUACCACCUUCUCCAGAUGCAUUAUACACCAUCUCAUUCACCUCGGGAACUACUGGAUCCAAACCUAAAGGUGCCAUGAUUUCCCAUCAAAAUGUAGCUGCAUAUGCAUCAUUCUUAUUAUGUUUUGAACCACAACCUACUGCAACUGACAAUAAAGCAUUUGUCUUUUUACCAUUGACUCAUAUCUAUGAACGUGAAACUAGUACUUUUGCAAUUGCAACUGGUUAUUAUUUAGGAUUCCCACAAUUGACAGUCGGUCAAACUGGUAUUAAUACUUUUAAUAACUUAAUUGACGAUUUAAGAAUCUUUAAACCAACUUAUUUUUCAAUUGUUCCUAGAAUCUUAACUAGAAUGGAAGCUUUAGUAAAGAGUAAAAUCAAGGAAUUACCAGAAGAUGAACAAGAUAAGGUUAACAAAAUCGUUCAAUACAAAAUGAGAGAACAAUCCAAAUAUGAUGGUAGUACCGGAUAUGAUUCUACUUUUGAUAACUAUGGUCCAUAUAAGGAAUUACGUACUUUUAUUGGAUUUGAUAAUUUGAAAUGGGUUCAAACUGCAUCAGCUCCAAUUUCUCCAUCAUCAAUUGUUUAUUUGAAAGCUAGUUUAAAUAUGGGUAUUCGUCAAUUAUACGGUUUAACCGAAGUAGGUGCUGCUAUCACCUGUAGUGACGCCUAUGAGAUGAAGCCUGGUUCUUGUGGAAGUAUUAGUCUUUCUGGAGAGUUCAAAUUACGUAGUGCUCGUGAGAUGGGAUAUGAUGUUGCCAACAAUCAAGGUGAGAUUUUAAUUAGAGGUCCACAAAUUUUCAAAGGAUAUUAUUAUAAUAAACAAGAAACCGUUGCUAAUUUUAAUGAAGACGGAUGGUUCCAUUCUGGUGAUAUUGGAAGUGUUGACCCAAAGACUGGUAGGAUUUUUAUUGUUGAUAGGGUGAAGAAUUUCUUUAAGAUGCAACAAGGAGAAUAUAUCUCGCCGGAAAAGAUUGAAAAUAGAUAUUUGAGUUCAAAUCCUACAAUUGCUCAAUUGUAUGUUCAUGGAAAUUCCUUGAAACCAUAUUUAGUGGGUAUUGUUGGGAUUGAAUAUGAAAAAGGGUUGAGAUUUUUAAAUCAAAACUUUGGAUAUAAUAAGAUUGCCAUGAGUCCUGAUGAAUUGGUUCAAGAAAUGAAUAAAGUCGAUAUUAAGACUAAGUUCUUAGAAGGAAUGAAUAAGAAUGUUAAGGACAAAUUAAGUGGAUAUGAAAUUUUACAUAAUAUUCAUAUUGAAAUUAAUCCAUUGACUGUAGAAAGAGACGUUGUUACUCCUACUUUUAAGAUUAGAAGACCGGUUGCUUCUAAGUUUUUUGCCAAAGUUUUCCAUAGAUUGUAUGAGAUUGAACAAUCAUUGGUUAUUAAAGCUAAGUUAAAGACUGCUAAAUUGUAG